GGGGUCGGCCCGGACGGGGUUUCGGGAUUCCCCGCGGGGGUCCGGGGAGUGGAUCCGCCUUGGGACGCUGAGGCAGAGAUUGCGCGCGGGCAACUGCAAUGUCUGUGGACUGUCUGGGACAGCAUGCAGUGCUUUCUGGCCGCAGAUUCCUGUACAUCGUCAAUCUAGAUGCCCCUUUUGAAGGUCACCGUAAAAUCUCUCGCCAGAGCAAAUGGGACAUUGGAGCCGUGCAGUGGAAUCCUCAUGACAGCUUUGCGCACUAUUUUGCAGCUUCGAGUAACCAACGCGUUGACCUUUAUAAGUGGAAAGACGGCAGUGGGGAAGUUGGCACAACCCUGCAAGGCCAUACCCGUGUGAUCAGUGACUUAGACUGGGCAGUGUUCGAGCCAGAUCUCCUGGUUACCAGCUCUGUGGACACCUACAUCUACAUUUGGGAUAUCAAAGACACAAGAAAACCUACUGUGGCACUAUCUGCUGUAGCGGGUGCCUCCCAGGUCAAAUGGAAUAAAAAAAAUGCUAACUGCCUUGCCACCAGCCAUGAUGGUGAUGUACGGAUAUGGGAUAAGCGGAAACCCAGUACAGCAGUGGAAUAUCUAGCAGCCCAUCUCUCCAAAAUCCAUGGCCUGGACUGGCACCCAGACAGUGAGCACAUUCUUGCUACCUCCAGUCAAGACAACUCUGUCAAGUUCUGGGAUUACCGCCAGCCUCGGAAAUACCUCAAUAUUCUCCCUUGCCAGGUGCCUGUUUGGAAGGCCAGAUACACGCCUUUCAGCAAUGGAUUAGUGACUGUGAUGGUUCCCCAACUGCGGAGGGAAAAUAGCCUUCUCCUGUGGAACGUCUUCGACUUGAACACCCCUGUGCAUACCUUUGUGGGGCACGAUGAUGUGGUGCUGGAGUUCCAGUGGAGGAAACAGAAAGAAGGAUCCAAGGACUACCAACUGGUUACAUGGUCCCGGGAUCAGACCUUGAGAAUGUGGCGGGUGGAUUCUCAGAUGCAGAGGCUUUGUGCAAAUGACAUAUUAGAUGGUGUUGAUGAGUUCAUCGAGAGCAUUUCUCUUCUGCCGGAACCAGAGAAGACCCUGCACACUCAAGAUACAGAUCACCAGCACAACUCAAGCCAUGGUGAGGAAGAAGCCUUAAAGGAAGAUCCCCCCAGCAAUCUCUUGGAAGAGAGGAAAUCAGAUCAAUUGGGACUGCCUCAGACUCUGCAGCAGGAGUUCUCCCUGAUCAAUGUGCAAAUCCGGAAUGUCAAUGUGGAGAUGGAUGCAGCGGACAGGAGCUGCACAGUGUCUGUGCACUGUAGCAACCAUCGCGUCAAGAUGCUGGUGAAGUUCCCUGCACAGUACCCAAACAAUGCUGCGCCUUCUUUCCAGUUUAUUAACCCCACAACCAUCACAUCCACCAUGAAAGCUAAGCUGCUUAAGAUCCUGAAGGACACUUCUCUGCAAAAAGUGAAACGCAACCAGAGCUGUUUGGAGCCCUGCCUGCGCCAGCUCGUCUCCUGCCUCGAGUCUUUUGUGAACCAAGAAGACAGCACUUCCAGCAACCCAUUUGCGCUCCCAAACUCCGUCACACCACCCUUACCAACAUUUGCACGGGUGACCACUGCCUAUGGAUCGUACCAGGAUGCCAAUAUUCCCUUUCCUAGAACUUCUGGAGCGAGGUUCUGUGGUGCAGGUUAUCUGGUGUAUUUCACAAGACCCAUGAUGAUGCAUCGAGCAGUGUCUCCAACAGAACCUACUCCGAGAUCCCUCUCAGCCUUGUCUGCUUAUCAUACUGGCUUGAUAGCACCGAUGAAGAUCCGCACAGAGGCCCCUGGGAACCUUCGUUUAUACAGUGGAAGCCCCACUCGCAGUGAGAAAGAGCAGGUCUCCGUCAGCUCCUUCUACUACAAGGAGCGGAUGUCUCCUCGCUCUGCCCGGCGACGUUGGUCCAUACAAGCAAUUAACGACUUCCCGAAAUCAAGGCGGUGGAAAAGUAAGCGUGAGGGAUCAGACUCUGGCAAUCGACAGAUCAAGGCUGCUGGGAAAGUCAUCAUCCAGGAUGUUGCAUGCCUCCUUCCUGUUCACAAAGCACUGGGAGAACUGUACAUACUGAAUGUGACUGAUAUUCAGGAAACAUGUCAGAAGAAUGCCACUUCUGCUUUGCUUGUUGGAAGAAAGGACCUUGUCCAGGUUUGGUCGCUGGCUACAGUAGCUACAGAUCUUUGCCUUGGUCCGAAGUCUGACCCAGAUUUGGAAACACCCUGGGCUCGACAUCCAUUUGGGCGACAGCUGUUGGAGUCCCUGUUGGCUCAUUAUUGCCGACUCCGGGAUGUUCAGACAUUGGCCAUGCUCUGCAGUGUGUUCGAAGCCCAGUCUCGGCCUCAGGGAAUACCAAACCCCUUUGGGCCUUUCCCUAACCGUUCUUCUAAUCUUGUAGUGUCCCACAGUCGAUAUCCCAGCUUUACUUCCUCAGGUUCCUGCUCCAGUAUGUCAGACCCAGGGCUCACCACUGGCGGCUGGAACAUAGCAGGAAGAGAGACAGAACACAUAUCUUCACCUUGGGGAGAGUCUUCACCAGAAGAACUCCGCUUUGGGAGUCUGACCUACAGUGAUCCUCGUGAGCGAGAACGUGACCAGCAUGAUAAAAAUAAAAGGCUUCUGGAUCCCGCUAAUACCCAGCAAUUUGAUGACUUUAAGAAAUGCUAUGGAGAAAUCCUCUAUCGCUGGGGUCUGAGAGAGAAACGAGCUGAAGUGCUGAAGUUUGUUUCCUGUCCUCCUGAUCCUCACAAAGGGAUCGAGUUCGGCGUGUACUGCAGCCACUGCCGGAGUGAGGUCCAGGGCACGCAGUGUGCCAUCUGCAAAGGCUUCACAUUCCAGUGUGCCAUCUGCCACGUAGCCGUGCGUGGAUCAUCCAAUUUCUGCCUGACCUGUGGGCAUGGUGGCCACACCAGCCACAUGAUGGAGUGGUUUCGGACCCAGGAAGUGUGUCCCACUGGGUGUGGGUGCCACUGUCUACUCGAAAGCACUUUCUGAACUUACAGACCCUGGGAGUUGUAGAAAAUCCCAGAGGAACCCGUAAAUACAGGGACAAGGUCUUUGCCAGGAGAGAGGCUCCAGAACCCAGGUUUAUCCCUGAUGAGAUGGGAGUCUGUUCCCCUCAAAGACUGCCAGUAACAUCAGUUCUUUGUGAGCUUCUACGUUCUCUUCUGCUGUUCUGGCAUAGACAUCGCUGUGAGGAGGCGAGGGCAGACGUGCAGAGCCCUGCUCAGCCAUGCUUUGUGUUGUCUGGUCUGCUGAGCAGCUGCGGUGGAAGUUCUCAUUGAGAAAAGCACCUGCUCCAGAGCCAUAUUAACCUGUACAGUGUUCCCCUUCAACCACCGAAUAGUGUUUUCCUGAUGCCAAAACAGAGACCAAAGUCAGAUGCAAGAGACAGUCUCCUGAGUCAAAGGACAGUGUAUAUAACUGAAGUGACGAGGGCCUGUGCUGUCUGUGGCUUUAGGAGUUGGUACAUUUAAUGAGCUGAUGGACAGUGGCCUUGUAAAAUAUGAUACUAAAACUGUAAAUAUAUGAUGUACUUAAGGUUUCUCCAGCUGCUGUCCCUUGGCUAAUAAAAUUUUAGUGAUUGUUUUUUUUUUAAAAAAGACAAAGUUGAACAGCAUUUUAGUGAAUCCUCUUUUUACACUGCUUCUAAUUGAAGCUAGUCAGUGCACAGAUUUUUAAAGGAAAUGCUGAUUUACUUUUGUCAUCUGACAGAAGAAAAUAGAAUUUGACCUUCAGGGUUCUUCCCAGUCCCAAGAGUCUUGUAAUUAUUUCUUCCAGCAGGAGGAAGACACAGUUGCGUCGCAGCACUGACAUGAAGUCUUCCCUUGCCUCUGCACAAGGUGGCUGGGCUCCCUCACUCUGCACUUGGGUUCCUUGCAAC